UGACUGCGGAUUGAAGAACACGUGCGAGGCCAAGCAUUCUAUCUGCAGAAAACAGAAGACAUUUACAACAUACAUGGUCCAUUUAUCAAUUAGUGGCUAUUUUACUCUGCCAGUCGCAUGAUUGUACAAUGCCUGGUGUUGCCAGUUGCAUUGUAAUUGACAUACUUUUCAAGCUUGAACGAACCCACACAGUAGUCGAGAGAGCAAUAGUGAGAGAGGGAGAUAUAUAUGUGUGUGCGUUUUAACCUAUUUUAACCUAGCAAGUACAUCUGAAUUUUAUUUGAUUCUCUGUUAAGAGGCUCGAGAACAACAAGACUGUUUCCCUCCCCAUCCACCUCAGCAAACUUCAGAAACGGGCGUUGCGUGUAGCCUAAUCAUUUUGGGGAACUUGAUUUUGGCUUCCUGAUUGCACACGUUCCGCUCUGUCGCUUGUUUGCGCCUUCUGAUCGCGUUCGUUCCGCUCCAUGAAACCACUGUGCGAGUCUGUAGCAGAUUUUCAGUUCAGGUUUCUGUUAAUCGAAGGAGGGUUGAAGUGAGAGUCGACUGUACUGUGUUCUGAUAAAUAUAUCAGAAAGUUUCAUUCUUCAAUCGGCCCGGUCUCCAUCAACAUGUCGUCGCUGCCCAAGCAACUACGAGACGAGAGUGAUUUUGACCAGCUUCCACACGACAUUCCCAUCAGUGCCACCAUCGCAGACAUUGAGGAGAAAAAGGGCUUCAUCGACUAUUAUCGUUUUGUGAUGGAGGUAAGGACCAGAGGUGGCAGUAAGUACCUGAUCUACCGGAGGUACAGCCAGUUCUUCAACCUGCACAGUGACCUGGAGCUGAAGCAUUCACCUGGAGACCAGGGCACAUCUGGACCUAACACCUGCAGGCUGCCCACCCUGCCUGGUAAAGUGUUCAUUGGCAAUAAGAAGGAGAUUGCAGAGAAUAGAAUUCCAGAACUCAACACUUAUAUGAAGAGAUUGCUGGGCCUGCCUACCUGGGUUCUAUUGGAUGACGACAUCAGGAUGUUUUUCUACCAGACUGAGUCAGACAGUCAGCACCAACCACGAGCCCUGCGUCGCCUCCGGCCCCCUACACGUAGAGUGAAGACAGUUAAAACCAACCAGACAGAUGUCUUCUCCUCCCCAGAGCUGAGUUCUCCUCUUUGUCUUGAUAUCAUCUGUCUCUGUGUCCUUCACUCUCCUCCUCUUCACCUUUACUCCACCUGUCCCUCCAUCUCCUACUUGACUGAGCAAAGCUUCAGCAAUGUGUGUGUGUGUCCACAUGCAGGCAUGUGUGUGUAUAUGUGUGUGUCCUUCUUAUCUGUAAUAGGUUUGUUUAUUACCUAUCCCCAGAUGCCCUGUUACUGUGUGCCUGUCCGAUCCCACGCGUUGUGCAGCAUUAGGAUCACUCUUACCUGUUCGGUUUCUCAGUCUUCUCUCUUUGUCUGUCUGUCUCUUUCUCUCCCUUUCUCUCGGUUGAUCCUGGUCCGCUGCCUGCUGCGGGCGUGUUUGUGUUCUCCUCCGCGUGUGUGUGUGUUCUCCUCCGUGUGUGUGUGUGGUUCCCAGGUGGUCUUUGACUUCAGUGGGAGCGGACGACUGGAGCUGAGUAUGAAAGCUGGAGAGGUGAUCUUCCUUCUGAGGAGAGUUAACACAGACUGGCUGGAGGGCACGGUGAGCAAUCGAACAGGUAUCUUCCCAGAAUCCUUUGUGAAGAUCAUUAAGCCCCUCCCAGAGAGUGACUCUGAUGGCGAGAGCGGUGGCGCUUCAGGUAAAGGGGCGGGGUCUUACAGCUGCCUGCGCUGCUACCUGCUCACACCCCAGGGCGUCGACACCAGGGAUGUGUGUGUUGAAGAAGAUAUCUCCACCCAGCCAUCAUACAAAGAACUAUUGGCACGCAUGAGAGAUGUGUUCAAGGUGGAUGGCAACAUCGCCCUGAACUACCGUGACCCCGAGGGUGACCUGGUGCGUCUCCUUGACGACGGGGACGUGGCGCUGAUGGUGGCCGAUGGGCGGGCGCAAAGGUCAAAGGUCAAGAGGCCUGUCAAUCAGUUUCCGUGGGAACUGCAUGUUACCGCGGCCUCUGACCUGUCUGUGUAUAAUACUGAGAUAUAAAGACAGGGAGAUGGAGGUUUUCACAUGUUUCUGUACUCGCUGAAGAGAGGCCAUUUUGUGUUUGCUUCAGUGUAUGCACGCUUGCAGGUGCAACUGUCUGUCCGUGCCCUUGUGCAUGUGAGUCUCGCCAGCUUGCAUCCCUAAUCCACUGCAAACCUGCAUGUAGUAGUCCGGACUGAGACCCAGUGACAGGGUGACAGACUUUAAUUAAGGGGACAGACGCUGGAUUGUAACACAUUACAGAAGUUAGUCUGAUUGAGCAAUGUGAAUGCAACCUAAAAGGCACACUAGGCCCUACAUAGUGCACUACUUUUCACCAGACUCCUAUGAGCCCCGGUCAAAAUUAGUGCACUAUAUAGGGAACAGGGUGCCAUUAGGGAUGACACCUUAGUCACAUUCAUUAGUAUGUCUGUGUUUGGUGGCUUUAAACGUGUAACAUUUCACCUGUACUGUUGAGUAAAUGUUAAUAUAAGGACAUUUAGUAACGUUUUAGAAACGCGUGUUCUAUUUCUCCAUAUAUUCUGUUGUGGUGUAGUAAUGCUUAGCUAUGCUCCCAUUGUGUUUUCUAUCAGUAAAAAAUACACUAUUGAAAUAUAUAAGUGUGUGUGAGAACACGCGCUCCUGUGUGUUA